GCAUGCUUUCACCUUUGCGUUCGCGUAUUCUUCGGGAGUGCUUCCAGGAUAUUUUUUGAUCACACACUUGCACACAGGGUGAGGACCUGCACAGGCUGUGCAGAGAGCUCACAGAAAGUGAUGCAACCUGGAAGCUGCUGAAAUAUAAAGCCAAAGAAAAGCCUGCCAGUGAACUGAACAGGAGAGGAGACGCGGAGUAACAGUGUCUGACUAUACACAGCCACAGACAGGUUGUUCAUGUGUUGUCAUAUACCAUGACUGAUUCUGUCUGACACAGUGUAAGGUACCCAGAGAUGUACGAUUCCAGAUAGUGCUGUGUAAGCUAUUUUACAAAGGGCCAUAUAGCAGGUACAGAGACAUCGACAGUGUUGGUUUCACUGACUGUCAGUGCAUGGAUGAAGACAGAUAGAUGGCAUUGGAUUCACUAAGAAAAGAGCGUUAGAUGAACACGGCGUAAAUAGCACUGGAUGCAACCUUACAGUUGGCAGUGGAUGCGCACAGACAGAUAGCAUUGGGAUCGGCUGAUACAGACGGAGAACGCCAGAGCUAGAUGAGCUACUGCAGAUAGAUCCACUGUUAGCGAGCUAGCGCAGGCAGGCAGGGAGUGGGAGUGGGAGGCGUAGCACCAUGAACCCCAGAGAGAGCGGAGGAGGAGGAGUGGAGGCCAUGGAGACCCAGGCGGGAGGGCUGGAGUUGGGGGAGGAGGGAGGCAAGGCCAGCCAUGGAGGAGAUGGAGAAGAAGGGGAAGAGGACAAGGCCUCGGCCUACGACUGCAACGUUUGUGGCCGCAGCUUCCCCUUCCAGAGCUCUCUGUCGCAACACAUGCGGCGCCACACAGGUGCACGCCCCUACAAGUGCCCCUACUGCGACCACCGCGCCUCCCAGAAGGGCAACCUCAAGGUCCACAUCCGCAGCCACAAGCUGCGCACGCUCACUAGCCACCACCCCGAGGAGGAGGAGGGGCCAGAGGAGGAAGAGGAGGGGUCAGGUGAAGUGGGUGUGUCCGAGGGCCUGGAUGGUGGAACCAGUCCGACGAAGUGCAGCUCGGCCUGUAACAGGGUUGUCAACGGAGACGCUAACACAGAAGAGGGUAUAGGGAAGACGGCGGUGAGGAGCGUCAAAAGGGAGAAGUCGAGCUCUGAGCAGCGGCCAUAUUGCUGCCGUCUGUGCGGGUACCAGACCCAGCGCGAGGACCAACUCCUCAGUCACAUCGAGAAGGUCCACAUCACAGCCGACAUGGAGGACGAGACUACCCCAGUGAGUCAAGAGGCAGUGGCAAUGGAGGGAGAAGCAGGGACUCAGGUCACUGAUGGGGCCUUCCCCUGUGAGACGUGUGGCCAGGUGUUCACACAGGCCUGGUUCCUUAAGUCCCACAUGAAGAAACACGCAGGCCUCCUUGAGCACUGUUGUCGGGUGUGUGGCCGCCGCUUCAGGGAAGCCUGGUUCCUCAAGAGCCACAUGAAGACCCACAAUGGCUCCAAGGCCUCUGGCCGGGGGAAACCCAAGGCAGACUCCCAAGAGCCCGUGGCCACCAUCAACGACGUGGCCCAAGACCCAGAGACCAAUGUGACCUCCACAAGCCUUUACCAGGUUUGCUCCAAGUGUGGCAACCUGUUCCAUGACCGAGAGAGCCUGAGGGCCCACGAGAAGGUCCACAGCCAGGUUAAGCAGCCGACACAGGGCCAGAGACGACCUAGCAAUGACGGGGACUUUCCCGGUGCCAAGAGGUGCCUCCUGGACUACCUCAGCCUCCGGCCAGCUGCCGAAGAAAAGCCCCAGGAAGAGAAGAGUUACUUGGGCCAGAGAAUCCCCGAGCUGGACCCAGUGUGUAGCUACCAGGCAUGGCAGCUGGCCACGCGGGGCAGGGUUCUGGACCCUGUGGAGUCAUACAGUAUAAAGGCUACGGCAGCCGGAGAAGGGGAUGAGGCACUGGCUGGAGGGACCGUGGUGUACGAGAAGGAGAGCAGCCGCUACAUCUUGGAGGGCCAGGAGAGGGAGAGACGCUCAGGGAGACACAGCAGCGCCAGCGGGGGAGGGGGUAGUAGCCAGCACACCUCCCCCGGAGAGCGCACCCCCGAGAGCCUGAGCGACUCAGAGUACCGUCCCUCCUCCCGCCAGGGCAGACGUUCCUCCUCCUCCCAGCAGAGCCAGUCCAAGUCCACCGAGUGCUUCGAGUGCGGAAAGGUGUUCCGCAGCCGCCACCAGAUGAUUGUGCACCAGCGAGUCCACCAGAGGCGAGACGGGGGCAGGGGUUCCGGGUCUGGAGGGGACAACAGGGCUGGGCAAGGAGGGGACCGCUGGGGAUCCACCAGUGACCCCGAAUCUGGCUCCCCCAGCAGGCCCAGCACCCCAGGGCUACGGGAACUCACCACCAGCCUCCACCCUAGGAGAGGAUACGAGAAGCCUUGUGUCUGCAGCCUGUGUGACUUUGUCAGCACAGAGUCCUCUGCCUUCCUGUCCCAUCUACGUCUCCAGCACACCAGUGACGGCCGACCCAUUCCCAGCCCCAGCCCCAGCUCUGAGAGAGGCACCCCCAGUAGCUUCCCCAAGCUGAAGAGGGCCCUCCUCCACGGGCUUGCUCAAUCCACUGCCCCCCACCCUUACCUCUCUGCCCGGCCGUCGAGAGACAAACGCCCCGCCGAGAGCAUCUCACCCACCAACCCUCUCCAUGUUGCUCCUCUGGACCUGUGUGUGAGAGCCGAGGGCCACAGGGGCCCAGCCUCCUCAGCCCUUCAGCAGAAGGGCCUGCUCAGCCACAAGUGCUCCUACUGCUCCCACUCAACGCACUACCUGGAGGUGCUGUGGAUGCACCAGACCGUCGCCCAUCGCAUCAACAGCAGAGCCCUGGCCCCCAAAUGGGCCCUCCUGAGGAAUGGCUUCAAGGGCCCCCGAGAGGGCUCAUCCUCCAGGAGACGCACGGGCCCUCCUCCCGCUCUGGACGGGAGUGAGUGUCCCCCGUUGCCCCCUGUGGUGCGCACACCCCGCACACGCCCCCCCUCGUUGAGCGGGGGCCAGAAGAAAGACAGCAGGGACAGGGCAGCCAAGUGUGCGGCCUCCCAGGGCAAGCAGCAGCAGACAGAGAGGGAGGCUGUGCCAGAUCAGGGCCAGCGCUCUCGCUCCAACUCCAGGCCCAGGGUGGAGAUCUACCCACGGGGAGGCUCCUCGACCGGCUCCUUGGAGAAGAGCACUGCGGCCGGGGCUCCCCAGCGACCCUCAGGCCCUAGCCCCAGUGUUGGAGGAACCACCAGGCUGGUGGAUAGGUACAUGUUGCCUCAGGAAGGCCUGGGAUUCAUGCUGUCCAGCAAACAUGGCCUGGCAGAGUACAGCAGAGCCAGGAGCUCGCCUCAGCCUCAGCCCAAGACCAGCAGCUCCCAGUCCCACACCCAGUCUCACCCCCAGCCCCAGGGCAGACCCAGGGCAGAGCGCCCAACCCACAACACCACCACGGCAGGCCAGGGCUAUGGAGCCUCCCACUCCCAGACACAUGGGAGCGCCGUCCAGGUAUCCUCCAACUCCUCCUCUAACUCCUCCUCAGCCCAGCGUACAGAGGUGAAACAUGAGGAGGCACAGGGGGUGGAGACACCAGAGCUGCCCAUGGACAUCCUGAGCUUCCUGAAGAACUGCAACUCCAAUGACCUGGCGACACUCUACCAUCGCUGGGGCGCCGCCAACCCCAUACCGGACUCCACAGGGAUGCUGAGGUCUCUGGUUCGACAAGGGGAAUACGUCUGCCAAGAGUGCGGGAAGAGCUUCAGUCAGCCCAGUCACCUCCGCACACACAUGAGAUCCCACACAGGGGAGAGACCAUUCCGGUGCCGCCUCUGCCCGUACCGAGCCUCUCAGAAAGGGAACCUAAAGACCCACGUCCAGAGUGUCCACCACGUGCAUUUCGACAACGCCCAGUUCCCCGAUUACAGACCACUGGGACUGGGCCAUGAGCAGGAGGAGGAGCAGGGGGACUGGUUCUCACCCACCACCACCACAAACCCACCCCGACCUAAUAACAGACCCACCAACGUGAGAUCCCCAGGGCCUAAGAUAGACAUCGAGACCAUCCAUAUUCCCAGCCCCUCCCCAAAGACAGCAGAGAGACCUGAAAGCUGUGUUAGAGACACCACCUGACAGAGUGACAUAAGAGUGAACUCACCCCUAUUGCCCUUGAAUGACCUUUAUUGUCCUCUAGGGCUUUUAGAUUAAAUAUUACCAGGAUUAUUUUAAAUGUGUUUAAAGAAAGAACAUUAUUUCUUGGGAAAGAGAAGAAAAAUCAGACACUGUGCAACCAAAUGCUGUUUUUUUCCCUCUGUGGACCCAUGGGCAAGGAUGGCAUGGUGGCAUAGCGACAUCCCUAUAACCCAUUUUAUUUAGAUUGUGAUUAAAUGUUUUUGUGCAUUCCUCAGGACACUGAUCCCUUAAUAACACACGGCAAGAUGGAGCAGCCAUGUUGGUGAUGUUUACACUGACUGAGCUGAACUCACUUAGCUAACCCUCCGAUUGCAGCAAACUUGACAAGCUUAAGACGGUUUGUGUGUGUGUGUGUGUGUGUGUGUUCUAUCCUCUCCUGCACCACUAUAAUGAGUCCUGUGUGAGUGGCUGAAGUGAAGUGACCACUACACGGUCUGACUCCGAGGCUGUUUGGCCUGCCAUUAAAGAGAGAGAACGAGAGAGAGAGAGAUGGAGGGCUAAUGACUGUGUGAGAGGAGGUGCCUACUUUACCGCUCAUUAAAAAGAGUGUGCGCUUUUAAUGGAGGAUAUAAACGAGCGUGCGGUUUUAACGGUCAUUCAAUUAUUGGGAGGAGAAAAAGAGGAGGCCAUUUUCUGAUCCCUCUGAUCCAAGCAUAGUCCUCUUCCCACACCUCCAACCUCAAAUUAGACCCACUUACUGAAACCUCUUAGCAGGAACAAAGUGGUCGGACUGUUUGGUUCAAGUUGCCCUUACUCUCCUUUUUACUUGCUAAAUGACUCAAAAUGUAAAUAAGAGUAUAGUCCUUAAAGCUCGUCCUCACAACAGUGGCUUUUUGGGGGGAAGGUGUCUAUAGCUUUUAGGGAGCAUUGAGUUGGUGUGUGUGUGUUGCGGCUUGUGUGUGUGCGUGUUGGUGUGUGUUUGUGUGUGUUUGUUUUGCCCCUCCUUGAUUACCUCUGCGUAUUAGACUCCCUUUAGAUGCUUUGCAUACUACCUCCUUUGCAAUAAAAGCUUGUUUUGGUAUGAAGUGAGGACCAAAGCCAUGCUUGGAUACUGUAUAUACGAUAUAAGGAGAGGCUUCACUGUAACCAUAUGUGUGAUGUUUUUCUCAAAGUUGGAUUCACCCUCAUAAAGCGCCUCCUGGAUUCAUAGCCAUGCCUAUGACCAUUGGAUUACAUUGAAACGUAAGUACCUGGGUCCUGCUCGUUAGGGCACACAACAAAAACAUUUUGCAACGGAAAACAAAAAUGAGCAUUUCUGAUUGGACAAAUCCAGAUGGGCCCUCCCUGUUUCAGUCCACUUUCUUCCGUUUGGUGCCUAAUGAACACAACCCAGGUGAGGUGAAGCUCUGUAAUAAGUUAAUCAUUCUUGUUUUGGUGCAUGGAUGUCAACAUGUUCAUUCAGACAAGCAGACUGUUGGUCAGACAGUCUUUUUGAGCAAACUUUGUAUACACGCAAGGCCACAUGCACUGUACAAGACACUGCAAAUGUCAAAGUGUGAGACAGAUAGCCAGUGAUAGAGAGGUGAAUAAUAAUCAACUGUUUAGAAUAAUAUUUGGGGAGGGGGAUUCAAAGAUAUGGAAUUAUUGGCAUGGGAUAUAAUACUGUCUAUUUUGAGACCUCUGUAGUAGUUUUUACAUGAACACAAGAUGAAAUGAUUUCUGUAUCAGUUACUUGGUAUGGUUGGUUGAAUAUGCAUACAACAGUGUGCUUGAAUAUACCUACACAUACUGUAUGUGGAUAUUAAAGAUGAGGAUAGUCAAAUACUUGAAACGGAUAAUAUAGCCUAUCAAGUAGUGUGUCCUUAAUAAUUAGUGCCCUUAAUACUAAUGAUGUACAGAAUUAACCUUUAAGAUUAACUCCUAAAAUACAAAUUUGUACUCCUAAGUGUGACUUAGCAGAUAUGAACAGACCAAGCGGGAGUGAGAGAGUGAGUAUUUGUGUGCGUGUGUGUAUGUAAGUGUGUGUGUCUGUAUUUUAAAUCUUACCAAACCCGUUACAGCGUUUAGAUACCAAAUGGCAUUUCUGGUGCACUUAGACUAGGUUACUGCUUUAACACGUUUAACUGUCUUCAUUUCAUUCAGUCUUUGAUUGGUAAAGGUGGUCCAGUUCAAUGUCACCUCUGGUUUUUAUUAUUCUUCUUCUAUUAUAGAUAUCCAUGAUUUUUAAAUAUAAUUUCAUGUGUGUUUCUUUAGGCGUUUGGUUUGUAUUACACUGCUUAGUUCAGUUUUCUAAUGGAAGGUUUUAAAAAAAUGAUAGGUGCAUACAUAUUUUUCAUAAAGUGUGUGUUUUUAGUCUCUCUCUCUUUGCUAAAGAUUAGGACUUGUUCAGUAGAUAGCCAAGGGUACCCUCCCAAAGAACUUGGUGGAAGUCAUUCUUUAUAUUUGGUUGGGUUUUUAACAAUGCCUCCAAGUUGUGUGUGUGUGCGUCUGUUGGCUUUUUAUUUGUAAUUGAUUACGUUGUAAUUUUUCCAUAGAUUACAUUAUUUGAAAUGUAUUUGGUUGAUAUCUGUAUUUAUUAGUUACAAUGAUCAGCGCAGAAGCAGACAUGAGUUGUUUUAUUUUAUUUUACAAUUUUCAGACUUUGUUUUCACUGUCACCGAUGUGAAAGCUCUACCUCAUCUGAGGCCUUCUCAGUUCUGUUACAGUUUUGUACAUCGUUGCAGAAAAUGUAAUGUCAUCAUGUCCACAUUAAAGACACAAAUAUGGCACCAUUCAA